AUGAUCAACCUCUUGGGAAUGUGCAACUUGUUGGAAUCAAUGGCACCCAUUCAGAUGUGUACAGCACAACCAAAUCCCGUCCAGGGACUGUACGAAUAUGGUAUAUUCAGCACAUUUUUUGGUGGGAAUAAUGUUCCAGGCCAAUUCAGCCAUAAAAGCAGGGGGUCUUCAAUAUCUUUUACUGUGCCAUUACUUGAUAAUCACAGAACUCGAGGCUUGAUUGUCUUUGUUGUCUAUGUGAAUGCUGUCUGUGAUUCUCCUAUUAUCAACCCCCAUGGUACGCUACUAAUAAGAGUCAAAAAUAAGAGCAAUGGUCUGAGGAGGGUGUAUUACCCAUCACACUACGGUAUUCCAGGUGAAGGAGAAGACAUGAUAUGGUUAAGCCACUGGAAUUUGGAUGAUCAGUUGCAAGGUGGCGAUGAAGUGGUUGUUUCUGUAAUUAUGAAAUCAUGGUUUCUGGUAAAGGAGUUGGGCAUCCGACUUGUGCAGGUGCAACAAGAAGAGAAUCAUAAUAUGAUUUCCACAGAUUCUUCUUAUGAUCAUCAAAUAUGGUAUAAUAUGAGCCCUGGGGACUCUGAUGAAGAAGAUACGAUAGACGAAGAAGAAGAGCAACAGGAUGAUAUCACAGUUGCAACCACUACAGGCAGCAAUAACUCCGGCGGCCUCUGUGGCUGGAAGGUGCUCGCAGCUUGUUUCUGUUGCCCUGGAUGAAUUUCUUGUACAUCUCAGCAGCAGACUAUUUGUUUUUGCAUACAUCUUCUUCGGAGAUAUUUUUAUUGACCCCAUUUGUUCUGGGGGAUUAUUUUUAUUGACCCCAUUUGUUCAGUUUUAACAUAUCUUUGGGCUGGAAAACUGAAGUGGCCCAACCCAGAUUGUGAGAUUAGCAUCUGCAUCUGC